AUGGAUGAUGAUCUAUGUGGAAAAUUUGGUUCUUUGAUGCAGUAUUUACCUGAUAACUCGGAUAAGCCUACAAUACUCGAUUUUUAUGGAAAUAAGAAUUUCAAAAAUUACUGCCCUAAUGCAAAUUGCAAUACUGAACUCGAAAAAAUUACGAUUGGAUUUUUGUGGUUACUUGAACAAUAUGUUACUAUAUACCGAGAUAAAGGUUAUGGAGAUAAUACUAAUCCAUUUUUUCUAUAUAUGAUUUCAUGGUUUAGUUACAAAUUAAAGCAAAACUCCGAAAAUGAUUCCACCACAAUAAACGAUUUUUAUAAUAAACAUGUAAUUAAUAGUGGCAAAUAUAAUAAUUUUACAAGUGCUGCCUAUACAUAUACAGAUCUUGAGGAAAUCUUAAAAAAAAAAAAUGAUUUGUUGAAUAUUAAUAUUAAAAAUUUGUCUAAAUUUUAUGAUGCAUUUAAAUUAUUAUGUAGUAUGUAUGGUGAUAUUGUAACGAGUAAAAAUAGCGAAACAUUGUCAGAUAAUGCGAAUAAAUUUGUUAAAAAAUAUCAAGAACUUAAAAGAGAUUCUAAUCAUACUGAUGACAGUUCAUAUAAUCAAAUAUUGUCUACUUUAUCAACUGAUUAUGAUAAAUUAAAAACUAAAUGUAACAGUAUUACACUUCCAGAUAUAACAACACAUAUUUCUGCACUAACAUCUGAAGAUACAUCAUCAAGUUCGUCGAUAGGAAACAGAUUAUUUGCAGUUUUAUCGAUAUUUGGUGCAAUAGCAUUUUUUUUAGGAAUUUCUUAUAAGUAUUCGUUAUUUGGAUUUCGGAAACGAGCUAAAAAACAAUAUUUAAGAGAAAAAAUAAAAAAUAUAAAGAAGAGAAUGAAUCGUUAA